AUGUAUAGAGUUCUGGAUGCUACGAGUUCUUGCUACUCAACUACGAAGUCUUCUUCUUCUUUUUGUGAUUCUUCAACUCAGCCUGGCAAAUCCUUUGUCUCGAUUCUAAAUCGAUCGCGAUUGAAAGAGGUCAUCCAGCAUCUCCAGGUCGAUCACCAGCAUCUAGAUGACAACGACUACGCUUCUCUCCUCCGGAAAUGCAUCGAAUUCAAAGCUCUCACCGAGGGCCGCGACCUCCACACCCUCAUCUCCAAGGGAGAGUACGGACAGAGCUCCUACCUUUGCAAUCUCCUCACCCAGCUGUACGGGAAAUGCGGCCACCUCCAUGCCGCGAGGGGAAUAUUCGACUCCCUGGGUGAGAGGAGGAACGUUUAUUCCUGGAAUAUCAUGAUCACGGCAUAUGCCCAGAACGGGCGUCUGGAGGAGGCCAAGGAGAUCUUUGACCGGUCGCCACAAAGGACCAUGGUGACGUAUAACGCAAUGGUCACGGCAUAUUCCCAGAACGGGCAUCUCCAGCGUGCCAAGGCCUUGUUUGAUGGGAUGGAGCAGCGAGACAUUGUGUCGUGGAACGCCAUGCUCGCAGCAUAUGCCCAGAGCGGGCACGACACCCAGACCGUCGAUCUCUUUAAGUCCAUGGACAUCGACGGCGUCACGCCCAACCACGUGUCGCUCAUCUCUGCGCUGGACGCGUGCGGCAGGGUCGGGGAGCUGCGGCUCGCAGACGCACUGUACGACGCGGCGUUGACUCUUGGGUGUACGGGCGACUACAAGGUGUGUACGGCACUGGUCAAUGCGUACGGCCGGUGUGGCAGCCCGGGCGAUGCCAAGCGGAUAUUCGACUCCCUGGAGAUGGCGAGCAAGAGCGACGAGAUCGCAGCCUGGAAUGCGUUGCUCUGCGCGUAUCUGGUGGGCGAGAACCUUAGCGAUGCCAAAUCGCUAUUCGAUUUCAUGCCCGCGCGCGAUCACAUCUCCUGGAACAUCAUGAUGGUCGCGUUUGGGCGAAGUGGAUUCCAUCGCCAAGCCCUGGAUUGCUUCCGGCUAAUGGAUCUCAAUGGAAUCGCCCCGGACAGCGCCACUUUCGCGAAUCUGCUGGAUUCGUGCCCCACACUGGAAGACGGCAAGACCGUACACGCUUGCGCGGAGGAGAGCGGCUACGCGGCCCAUCUCAUGGUGGCCACCUCGGUGGUGGACAUGUACGGCAAGUGCGGUGACGUGGCCGCUGCCAGGCGGGCCUUUGACGCCAUGCUGGAGCGUGACGUGGUGGCGUGGAACGCCAUGGUGGCGGCAUACUCGCACAACGGUCACGGCCACGAGGCCCUGGAGAUAUUCCGUACGAUGGAUCUCGAGGGGGUGAAUCCCAGCGAGAGCACGUUUGUGUCGGCCGUCGAUGCAUGUACGGCGGUGGCGGAUCGGGCGGUGGGGAGGCUCUUGCACGGAGUUAUCGUGGACAGCGGGUACAAACUCCACGGCAAAGUGCUCAACGCACUGGUGACUAUGUACGGCAAGUGUGGAGAUCUUGUACGGGCGAGGGCGAUGUUUGAUGGCUUGUCCACGGUAGAUCCUAUCCUGUGGAAUGCGAUGAUCGGAGCAUGUGCCCAGUUUGGGCAUAUGCCCGAUGCUUUGGAGCUCUUGAGGGAAAUGCUCCAGUGUGGAGCUUCUCCGACCACUGUGACUUUCACGAGCUCUCUGGUGGGUUGUAGCCGGAGUGGGUUCUUCGAGGAGUCGAGGGAAUUGUUUCUCGCAAUGCAAGACUGUGGAUUGGAUCCCAAUGGCGAGCACUUCCAUUGCAUGGUUGAUCUCUUGUGUCGCGCCGGGAAGCUCCGGGAGGCUCGGGAUUUGAUCGUUAGCAUGCCAUUUGAGGCGGAUUUCCCUGCGUGGUCGGCUCUUGUCAGUGCUUGUAGCGUUCAUGGAGAUUCCAAGCUUGGGAGAGAGGUGGCGAAUGAAGUGAUCUCUUUGGUUCCGGAGGAUUCGGGGCUUUAUGUCUGUCUCUCCAAGGUCUUUUCCUCCGCGGGCAUGCAAGAUGAGGUGGCGAGACUAGAGCAAAAGAGAAAAGAUCUUUUGCUCAAAUCAAACCAGAUUGAAAGGGAGAACGUUUUCCUGGCAAAUCUGCUCGGCCAGAUGUAUGGAAAAUGCUGUGGCACUAGUGAUGCCAAGCGAGCGUUCGACACCAUCGACGCCAAGAACGUUUUCUCGUGGUCUUCAAUGGUGAUGCAUAUGGGCAUCUGGAAGCGUAAAGCAAUGUUUGAUUCCAUGUCACCUCGAAAUGCAAUCGCAAUGCUUGCUGGAUAUGCAAGACUAGUGCGAAGAAGUAAGGCUUUCGUCAAAGACGGAGUUUCUUUGUAUGUGUAUAAUCCGAUGAAGAGCCAGUUGGUCUCUCGAUGA